AUGACUGGAACAACACCUACCAUCAAUUUAGACGACUUGAUGACUGAACAAAAAAUGGUGACUGUUGACGAUUUACUGAAGGAAGCAAAAGAAGAGCAAAAGAAAGACGAUGAAUUGAAAGAGCAAGAGUUGACAAAGCAAAAAGAAAAAGAUGACCAAAGUAAAAAGGAUGCACAAACAACACCCAAAACUGAUGAAGAGAAUACAAAAGUCGAAAAAGUGCAAUCUCCAGAAACACCCACCACUCCUUCUCAUGAUGUUAUAACCCCAAUUUCACCAGAAAAAACUAUUAAAAAACAGCUCACAGUUCAGUUGUGUCAUUUCAAGUCCGACAUCGUCGCUGUCCACCCCGUCAAAAACGUCGUCUAUUUCAAUCGAAAAGCACUCAAAUCAAAGUCCCAUUUAUUCGGUCUUAUCGACUCAACCAGUUUCGACGUCCUCACGACCGAUCCGUGGUCUUCCGUCUUUACUCAAUCAGAGGAUUGGACUCAUGAACCCAUCGAAGACACAAUUGUAGACACUUCUGUGCUCAAUGACAGAUUCAAUGUGGAGACUAAUCGGCAUUCAGUCACUUUCCACAAGCAACAAUAUAAAAUCCCCAUCGUCGAUGCAGAGUCUGAAUACCCUUUUUACGAAACAUAUUUUUACCACAAAAAAAGUGUCAAGCAUUAUAUUGAUAAGGAGAAUAUGAUCCUCCUCUCUGUCGACGAGUCAACGAAGUACAAGAAAGCGAUACUUCGGUCUGCAAAGGAAAUGACCAAAUUAAUUAUUCCGCCCGAUACGGAUAUUGGAAAGUACCGUAACAUCUUUCCUAAGAACUCUAAAGUGGUGAAGUACAAUAACAUUCCAGCGAUAGACGAAGAACUUUAUACGAUAGAAACGAUGAGUCUGAAUCGCCAAUACAAAUUUGGAGUGGUGUAUGUCAAACCGAAUCAAGACGAGAGUCAAAUCUUUUCGAAUGACAAAGACCUUUCGAUCAAGUUUUACGAACUUUUGGACCUUUUGGGAGAUCGCAUUGAACUGAAAGGGUUUACGGGAUAUAGUGGGGGACUCGACGUCAGAUAUAAUGAGACGGGGAAGGAGAGUUACUGCUCGACGUAUUUUGUGAAUCAAGUCAUGUUCCACGUCGCACCACUUCUUCCACCGACUAUAGGAGAACAACAAUUAGAACGAAAGAGACAUGUUGGGAAUGACAUUGUAGUCUUAGUCUUUUUGGAAGAAGGCGUUAAGUCGUUUGAUCCACGACUCUUUACGUCUCAUUUCAAUCACGUCUUUGUUAUCGUCCAACCAAUUAAUGAAGAGACGUAUGACGAAUACUUAAGAGUGUCAGUCGUGUGUAAACCAUCAAUACCACCAUUCUGUCCUUUCAUCGAUACAGGGGUCUAUAAAUAUGGAGAGAGGUUGCGUCACUUCUUAAUGCAAAAAUUGAUAAACGGCGACAGAACUACUCUCAAAUAUCCACCUUUCAAAAAUAACGCGGAAAACACGAGGAGACAACAAAUCAGUGUCAUCGCACAAAAGCUCAGCAAUUAA